AUGGGGAAUUACAAGUUCAUUUCAGUACUUGAAGUACUCUUGACCUUUUUUUUCAUGAAAGGCUUUGCUCUCACAGGAAAUGAAACAGAUCGACUGGCCUUGCUUGAAGUCAAGGCUAGGAUAACCAGUGACCCUCUUGGUGUCACUACUUCAUGGAAUGACACCAUCCACUUUUGCCAUUGGCAUGGUGUUACAUGUGGUCGCCACCACCAGAGGGUCACAGAGUUAAACCUGUCAUCCUUGAAACUUGCAGGCUCUAUAUCGCCGCAUGUUGGAAAUUUGAGUUUUCUAAAAGUCAUGCAUCUCCAAAACAAUAGCUUCAGCAAUGAAAUCUCUCCUGAAAUUGGCCGUCUCCACAGACUGCAAGAUUUGCACUUGGGGAACAACUCACUCAGCGGUGAAAUACCCUCCAACUUGUCAGCUUGCACUCAACUCUUCACAAUUCGUGUUGGUUACAAUUUGCUAGUAGGAAAAAUUCCUCAAGGGUUUGGCACCUUGUCAAAGCUGAUAUUUCUUCGGAUUGAGCACAAUAAUCUUACAGGAAGUCUUCCUCACUCUUUUAGUAACUUAUCAUCUCUUCAAGAGCUUGAUGCAUCUUACAAUAAUUUGAGUGGGAGUAUUCCUGAUAUGUUUGGCCAACUGACCAAUCUUAAAUGGUUUAUACUCGAAUUCAAUGGAUUGUCUGGUAAGAUCCCUCCCUCAUUCUUCAAUCUCUCUUCAAUAACAGACAUUGCUGUUAUAUACAAUAAUCUUGAGGGCAGUUUUCCCUCAAACUUGGGCGUAACGUUACCAAGUCUCCAGUGGUUUGGUGUUGAUUAUAACCAGUUUAGUGGAACUAUUCCUGUUUCAUUAUCUAAUGCCUCCAACCUAGUUUAUCUUGCAACGGGAGGAAACCAACUACGAGGUGGAGUUCCUUCUUUGGGAAAAUCACAUAAGCUUGAACAAAUAAUUCUUUCCAACAAUAAUCUUGGAAAUGAGGGUGCCAGUGACUCUAGCUUUCUCUCUGCCAAUAAUAUAUAUGGACCUCUCCCAAUUGGGUUCGGAAAUCUGGCAAACCUUGAGGGUCUAUGGCUGAAUUAUAACAAAUUCUCAGGUCACAUCCCUCUUGAUUUAGGAAAGCUUGGACAGUUGAGUGGAUUAUAUAUGAGUAGGAACUCAUUCACCGGGAUUGUCCCCUCAUCGUUUGGAAAUUUAAGUCAGUUAACUGAGUUGUUUUUAGAAGACAACAAACUUCAAGGCAAUAUCCCUUCAAGUUUAGCUCAGUGUCAAAAUUUGAUGACUUUGUCUCUCUACUCUAACAACUUAAGUGGUAUCAUCCCCCCAGAAGUACUUGGUUUGGCUUCUUCAUAUCUUAAGUUGGAUUUCUCUCAAAAUCAUUUCACCGGAUCCCUCCCAAAGGAAGUCGGAAAUUUGAUAAAUCUCGAGUAUUUAGAUGUUUCCGAUAACAUACUAUUGGGUGAAAUUCCGGGUACCCUCGGAAGUUGUCUGAAAAUAGAAUAUCUUAACAUGCAAGGAAACUCCUUACAAGGGCCAAUUCCGUCCUCUUUGGCUUCUCUAAGAGGCAUUGAAGAAUUGUAUCUCUCUAAUAACAAUUUGGAGGGAAGGGCACCAACUGAAGGUGUGUUCAAGAAUGCCACUAGUACAUCUAUGAAAGGAAACAUCAGACUUUGUGGCGGCAUACCCGAGUUUCAGUUGCCACCAUGCAAAGUUCAACAUCCCAAACGGCGAGGACUGAGCGAAACCUUCAAGCUGAUACUAUCUCUAGUUUGUGGAAUUCUUGGAAUCACCUUUGCUCUAGUGUUUUUGUACCUGGGUUGCCUACGGAAGGAGAGAAAGCAGCAAAGUACUCCAAGUGAUUCAGCAAAGUUUCUCAAUGUUUCCUACCAAUUACUUCUUAAAGCUACCAAUGGAUUUUCUUCUGCGAACUUAAUUGGUGCAGGCAGCUUCGGGUCUGUGUAUAAAGGAGUGCUCGACCAAGGUGAGACAACAAUUGCGGUCAAAGUACUCAACCUUGUUCAUCGCGGAGCUUCCAAAAGUUUUGCAGCUGAGUGUGAGGCCCUGAAAAACCUUAGACACCGCAACCUUUUGAAGGUACUGUCUGCAUGUUCAGGUUUUGACUAUAAGGGUGAUGAUUUCAAGGCAUUAGUAUACGAGUUCAUGGUUAACGGAAGCUUAGAGGAAUGGCUGCAUGUACCUCAGAGAAUUGAAUUGACAAAUGAAAGACCAUCGAGUUUAAUGCUCUCUGAGAGGUUGAACAUUGCAAUUGACGUUUCUAUGGCCUUGGAUUAUCUCCAUAAUCAUUGUGAAACGCCAAUAGUGCACUGUGACCUCAAGCCGAGCAAUGUUCUUCUAGACGAUGAUAUGGUCGGGCAUGUUGGUGAUUUUGGGUUGGUAAGAUUCCUUCCCAGAAAUUCUGGAAAUCAAUCAAGCUCUGUUGGUGUUAAAGGAACAAUUGGUUAUGCUCCUCCAGAGUACGGUAUGGGAAAUGAAGUUUGGACAGGAGAUGUAUACAGUUUUGGCAUCCUGCUGUUGGAAAUGUUCACAGGAAAAAGACCGACGGAUAACAUGUUCCAGGAAACUUUGAACCUUCAUAACUUUGUCAAGGAAGCUUUGCCUAGGCGAGUGGGAGAGAUUGUUGAUCAUGUUCUAGUUCCACAUCGCAUUGAAGCAGGGAGUAGCGACUGGGUCAAAAUUGAAGCCAGCUUGAUUUCAAUUUUAGAAGUUGGUGUUGCUUGUUCUGCAGAGUUGCCUAGAGAACGGAUGGCCAUUACCGAUGCUAUGGCUGAGAUGUGUCGGAUAAGAAACAAACUUCAUGGAAACAAGUUGUGA